AUUGUGCGCAUGCGCGUUUGCAAUUGGUUAGUGAUCUACAAGCUGCCGGUUUGUUGUUGUUGCUCUUAAUAAGCGCGUGAUGUCCGCCUCCUCGGCCGAGGCUGUGGCCGGAUACCCAAGCGGUAAAAUGGCAGAUAAGGACGCUGGGCAGGACACGGCACUGGGCAGCGCUUAUUCCCCGGUGGACUACAUGAGCAUCACCAGCUUCCCCCGCUUACCCGAGGACGACGUGAUGGCCGGAGAGAGCGGCCUGAAAUCCCGCAGAGACGAGGACAAUUUCCUGGGUGAACAGGACACAGACCCGGACCUGUUCCUGAAGUCAGCUCGUCUGCAGCGCUUGGCCUCGUCUGCUUCGGACCUGGCCAGCCGAGAUUCGUCUCCUCUGAGAGAGACGACACGAGACCCGCUGGCUCAGGACUGUGCUUGUGCACGCGAUGGCCUCACCGUCCUCAUCACGGCCUGCCUGACCUUCGCCACCGGGGUCACCAUCGCCCUCAUCGUGCAGAUCUAUUUGGGAGAACCACAGAUCUUUAAUCAGGGUGCGGUGGUGACCGAUGUGGCUCGCUGCACCUCUCUGGGCUUCGACGUUCUCGGUCAGCAGGGUUCCAGCAUAGACGCCGCCAUCGCCGCCGCUCUAUGCCUGGGCAUCAUCCACCCCCACACCUCGGGCAUCGGCGGUGGAGGCGUGAUGCUGGUCCAUGAUAUUCGGAAAAAUGAGAGCCGUGUCAUUGACUUCCGUGAAACGGCGCCCUCUGGUCUGCGGGAGGAGAUGCUUCAGGAUCUACUGCAGAAGCCUGGUCUCAUGGUGGCUGUACCGGGCAUGCUCAAUGGACUGCAUCAAGCUCACCAGCUCUACGGGAAGAAGUCCUGGAAGGAGGUGAUCACCAUGGCCGCAGACAUCGCCAGGAGCGGCUUCAACGUGACCCAUGACCUGGCGGACGCUCUCUCUCAAAUAAAGCUAGAGAACGUCUCCGAGGCUUUCCGAGAGCUCUUCCUUCCAGACGGUCAUCCUGCUCUCUCCGGCCUCUUCAUGACACGGCAGGAUUUGGCGGCCAUUUUGGACAGAGUGGCAGCCAAAGGGAUCUCGGAGUUCUACGACGGAAAUCUGACACAGGAAAUGGCGUCUACGGUUCAGGCCAGUGGAGGCGUUCUGACGGAGGUGGAUUUCAGUAACUACACUACCGUCCUCCAGCAGCCCGUACUGAGCCGUUACCAAGGCUAUCAGAUAAUGUCUGCGCCCCCUCCUCAUGCCGGAGCUGCCCUCCUCACUGCCCUCAACAUCUUGGAAGGUUAUAACAUCACCAGCCAGACUCAAAGAAGCAGCACUCUCCACUGGAUCACUGAGACUCUGAAAAUCGCCUUGUCUCUGGCCAGCGCUCUCGGAGACCCGGUGUUCGACUCGUCCGUCUCUGAAAGCGUGGCUCGAAUGUUAAGUAAAAGUCAAGCUGCUCAGUUCCGGCAGAUGAUCAACGACUCACACUCCUCUCCUCCAGGCCACUACUCGCCCAGUUACGCUCUGGAGGAUCACACUGGGGUCAGCCAGGUCAUGGUCAUGGGGCCUGAUGACUUCAUCGUCUCCAUUAUGAGUUCUAUGAAUCAGCCUUUCGGCAGCCGCAUCAUGACGCCGUCUGGAAUCCUCCUGAACAGCCAGAUUCUGGACUUUUCCUGGCCUAACAAGAGCCAGAGUUCCAUCCCUCCCAAUCCGCAUAACAGCGUUCAGCCCGGCAAGAGGCCACUCUCAUUCCUCAUGCCCACCGCCGUCAGACCCUCGCUGGGUGUCUGUGGUACUUACGUGGCUCUCGGAUCCUCAAACGGUGACCGGGCGCUCAGCGGCAUCACACAGGUUUUGAUGAACAUCUUGUCACUGCAUAAGAAUCUGAGCGACAGUCUGACCAUCGGCAGGCUUCACCCUCAGCUCCAGCCCAACACACUCCUGGUGGAUGCGGAGUUUCCAAGUGCAGAUGUGGAGACGCUGGAGCAGAAAGGCCACAAUGUUCAAAGGGUAGAGGUCAUAUCGCUGGUGGAGGGCACCAGGAGAACCAACGACAUCAUCAUCGGAGUGAAGGACCCUCGCAGUGUCGACGCCUCUGCGCUCACCAUGUUCACGUCCAUGCCCUAAUAACCCCGCCCCCACCACGCUGCUCGACUGUGUGUGCAAUAACGCAAGCGUAGACUGAAUGUACACUACUGACACUUGGAGAAAAGACUUUAAGCCUUGUGAGGGUACUGAAUAAAACGCAUCUCUCUCUCUCUCUCUCUCACACACACACACACACACACACACACACACACAGCAUGCUCAGACCUACAGGUCACUAAACUACACAUCGUUCAGGCUGCCUAAGCUUCAGCUCAGACCUGGUGUUAACUUUCGCCUGUCGUGCGACAUGCUCUGAUCAAAGGUCCGGUUGUCAUGGAGAUGGAGAUGUGAUUGGAUCACAGCCAAUUUUUAACAAAUAACCUGGAAGAAAUGUAGAACGUGAUUUAAAAAAAAAAAAUAACACUGACGUAAGAAGGCGUGGCUUAUACUCUACAGGCCGUUGUAGUUCUGUGGGCGGAGCUUCGUGAACUCAUCACACAUUGAACCCACCUGAUCUAAGACUACUCUUAUGUACUGCACCUUUAAAACCAUGUUUAACCAGAUGGAUGCUAUAGAAACAAUAAGGCAUCAGUUCUGUCAAACUUAAUCAACACUUUCUGACCAAUCAGAGUCCAGAAUUCUUCUAAUCCACUUUUAAUCAAAUCUUAAAUAUAAAAAAAGGAAUUAAACGUUGAUACCAGGUCUGAACAGGCUCUCGGAGAACACGCUUUUAACACUAAAACUCUUUGGAGUUUUUUCCCUGUUAAGGAAACAAAGGACCGUUCAGGGGGAGGAGCUUAAGUUCAAUACAAUCAGCCAAUCACGUCGUUUCCAUGUGACAUAAGUUCUAAUGUAUUUCUCUACUGCAACAUGAGUGAAAUGAUAUAAUGACAAAAAAUGUCGUCUGUGUUUUGAUUUUUAUGUUUGUUUCAUGUAAAAAAAAAAAUGUUUUCUUAUUACUAAAAAAAACACUUUUUGGAGAUUUGUAAAUGUUCUUAGUCAGAAUAGGUGUCUUUUUAGUUACGGUACAUUUUUUCCCUUCUAACAUAAGCUGACUAAAUGAAUAAUGUUAUCAGGAUACACUGCUAGUAGCUGUUACAACUCUACGCGUACUGGAAGCAUGAUUUGUACUGCGCAUGUGCGGAACUGCAUCUAGUUCUUGUAGUUACACUGUUUAAGGCCACAAUUGGCUCAUUGGUAGGCUUCUCGCCUACCACCCGGAAGGCCGGGGUUCGAUUCCCAGUUAGUGCCUAAACCCCAGCAGCUGACAGAAAGAUCAACAACUGUGGUUAUAACACAACUAAUGAUAUCAUUUCGCACAUGCGCAGUACAAAUCGUGCUUCUGGUACAGAUAGACAGUAACAACAUUAGCAAGUUAAAUUGCUAGCAAUGUUAGCUUGCUAAUUUGUUAAUAACAUGAGCAAGCUACAUUGCUAAUAAUCUUAGUUAGCCUAAAUCGUGUUUCCGGUUCAGAUCGAUUAACAUUAGACGGUAUCUUUAGUAAGUUAAAUUGCUAGUAAUGUUAGCUCACUAAUUUGUUAAUAACAUCAGGUAGCUGCAUUGCUAAUAAUCUCACCCAGCCUAAUUAGCUACGCUGGCUAGCUACGUUGUUAGCAACAUUAGCAAAUUAAAUGUUAAAGAGCUUAAUUGUUAGAAACAUUAGCUAGCGAAGUUGUUUUUAUUAACGUUAGCUAUAUUUUAAUAAUGUUAGCUAGCUAAUUAGUUUUUUUUUAAUGUUCCUGGCUAACGUUGCUACAUCAUUAUUAAAACCAGUUUGUUAUGUGAAGAAGUUUUAGUGACGUCAUAUGACUACAACUGCGAAUUCGUGAAGUAUUUACCUUAAGCUCCGCCCCUAGAGCCACCGAUCACACUAUUAGUGCAUUAUUAGUUUGUGUUUUGUUUGGGUUUUAUUUCUCUUACAUGUGAUUUAAGGAUAAAUGAAAUGCUUUACGUUUAUAUUCCGUAAAAUGAACUGGAAUAAAGCUGUGGAAGAUAUUUAUUAAGAUUUACUGGAAAUGAUUUAAUGUGAUGUGUGAUUUUUGAGUCUAAAUGAGUUGGAUGUGCAUUUUUGCGGAGAUGUUUAUGGACACCGUCUUUCUUCUUUUGGUGAAUCUUAUUUAUCGAUGGUUUUAAAGUCUUCUUGUUGUCGUGCUCUUAUUAUUUGAUGGCUUUGUGUUUACGUGACUGAAGUAGAAGCUUCCUUAAUGAGAGCUGAUUUUAUUUAAACAUGCCGUAUUUAAAGAAGAAUCUGUUUCUCUUUUUUCUUCUUUGUGGAUUUUAGUGUUUUAUUUAUUCAUUCUGUGUAGCAUAAUGUUUUCUAUUGCACUAUUUCUUUCUUUCUCUUUUCUUUUGCUUCUCUUAAUAUUUAAAUAUCGUGUUAUUUGGAAAGACGGGUCACAUUUUCGUCUGAUUUUUCACUGCUUCAGAGCUGGUUUUAGGACUAAAUGAAUGUUCGUGAUGCAAUCACAAUGCCUUGAAUUCUUACUUCUGGCACAAAAUAGUUCGAGUUGUGUAUGAAGUUGUGUAGAAUUACUAAUUUACUCAGAUUUUAAUCAGGCUACAUGAAGUUAAGUUGAAGUGACUGCUGUAGAGACUACUACAUCUAGGCAUCUUAUACUCCAAGGCAUGAUCAUCGUCUGCUAUUCUGUUGUGUUUUUUAUGUAUUUUCAUUUUAGUUUAGUUUAGUUUAGUUGUUUAAAUGGCUGUGAAGUUCAAAUUUCUUCAUUUUAUUUUUUAAAGAUGCAAUGAAAUAAACUCCAACAAUGCAGUAA